AUGGCGUAUCUGCAGCCAAUAAUACGCGACGUUUCCAACUACGUCUCCCACGCUCAUUUCAUUACAGGAAAUAGAACAGUUUGCUUUGUUUACGCUGGGAGAGUGAGAUGCUGUUUAAAGGAUUUAUGUUGAAUUGAAAUGUUUCCUAAUGGUUUAGUACACGCAUUGAGUUCUGAGACAAUUAGUAUUUUCUGUUUUAUUUAAGAACUCGGACAGAGAUGUUUAACUUAUCAAUAUGAUUCUUGAGUGAGAAAACAAACGCGUUUUAGUAAAACGACUCUUUUAUUUUUUAAUCACACCAGAAGAAAUGUGGAAUGUAUAUGAAUGUGAAUUCUCCAGGGGAAAAUACAUACAUUAAAAGCCAAGAGGAUUCCUGCUAAACGAGUCUCAAACUAAACCCAGUGAAGAUGGACGUCAGUGUCUCCGUGUCGUUCUUUCAAGACGAGCUCGCCUCUACCAUCGAGCACGCAGUGAAAGCGGCUGUAGACACCGUCUUGUGCCAAAUCACAAAAGUUGUCGGCGGCAAAUUCACUGAAUUCCGAAUGGAAAUGGCUGGAAAGGAGAAAGAGAAUGAAAGUCUGAAGCUGAGAUUGGAAAUAUCAGAGAGCGAGUUGAAAGCGGUGCGAGAAUGCAUGAACGCUGCAGAUGCAGACAUUAAACAACCUCUCAGAAACAUGAACCCCGACUGCAAUGAACAAGACUUUCAGAGGAACGAGAACCAGGGAUUAUUUCAAGAUCCCAAAAAGAGCCAUGCUGUACCUAAAUCUGAAGCACAGGAGGGGCCAAGGAUAGAAGCAGCUUACACACUAGAGGAGUCCUUUGACCAGGAGUGGUGUGCAAGUCUAAAGCAGGGUACAGAGAUGACAUUUGUUAAAGAUGAAGAGGUCCCUCGACUGGAAUAUGUUCCUAUUAAAGAGGAAUUCUUAGAACAGGAAUGUGUCCCCAUCGCAGAGGAAGUUCCUACUGAAAAUAAUAUCUGUACAUUUGAGGAGAACAACACGCUGGGGUCAAGUUUGUAUGAUGAUUGUCCACCUGAAUGUGAACUGGGAUUUAGAGCUGAUAAAGGGAAUCACACAAGACGGACACCAUUUCCCUGUGCUGAUUGUGGGAAGAGAUUCAUUAAUUUAUCGCAGCUUAAAAGACACCAGCGCAUUCACACAGGAGAGAAACCUUAUCACUGCACAGAGUGUGGGAAGAGAUUCACGCUGUUGCAAAAUCUUAAAAGGCACUGGCGCAGUCACACAGGAGAGAAACCUUAUCACUGCGCUGAAUGUGAAAAGAGAUUCAGUCGUUUAUCGCACCUUCAAAGACACCAGCGCAUUCACACAAGAUAGAUACCUUAUACCUGUACGGAGUGUGGGAUGAGUUUAACAUAUUUCAGCUCCUCUAAAAAUCCACCAGCGGACUCACAAAACAGAGAAAUCUGCAGGGAAUGUUUGAAGACUUUCCGUCAUUUAUCAAACCUUGAAAGACAGCAUCAAAUUCACAUGUGGGUGAAGCCCUAUCCCUGCCCUGAAUGUUCAGUCAGUUACUGGCUCAUGAAGGACACAAGAUAAUUCACAUAAUUUCAGCCAUUUGAGGACACCUCAACACCAGAAGUAUAUGUGACUAAAAUACAGAAAUAUUUACUGAAAACAAAAGAAUAUACUUGCUUGAUUAAAUUGUGUUACUCCUAAACACUUCAGAUCAAAACCUUACACUCACAGAUGGAAAACAUUAACUACUAGAUCUUGUUUGGACCAUUCAUCAUCUUUGACCAUUAGGAUUUUGUUAGAUCACAUUAGUAAUCUAUGAAAUAGAUUGUAAUUGCAUCUGCAAGAUUCCACUUUUCUAUUAGUUUGAACAUUAGGAUUAUUAUCUGUAACUCCUCACUAGUGACCAAGUUGCCAGCUCUUUCAAAGUCAAUGCUAAGCUUUGGUCAAUUCUGAAUUUCACACCUCAAACAUAGUUUUGUUGUUGGCAGGUUCUGACUGCAAUAUAACACCUCCGAUAUGUAUGGUUUCACAAUGGAAAUCGAAAAACUGAUUUUAAUCAGUAACCUGAGAAUGAAGGCCAAAUGUGCAUACUUUGUAAAUGUCCUCUUGUAGAAUUUUAAUUCAAAUAAUAAAGUGUUUUAUUUUGAUCACAUCUAGGGGACACUGAAAAGGACAAUGUCUUAAAUUGUAGUAUACAACUCACUGGACAAAUUAUCCCCAUUGUGUCUACUUAUAGGAUUUGUAAGGCAUUACCAAAGAAAAUUAUGGAUUACAGGUGAAAACCUACAUUUUUUGUCUGUAAUCUGUUCGCUGGUUACAAAACUUGAUGGGAAAUGGAUGGAGUCAUUUCAAUUUUUACAUUUUUGUAAAGCAGACUAUGUGAAGCUAAGGAUAAGUGCAAACAGCUCAUUUUAUCAUCACUCUAUUUUGGAAGAUGGAUAGUGUUUGCAACGGCACUGACUCCCAGUACGUCCGACACUGAGAUUUCAUAUAUUUUUUUUAGUUUGCUCCCGUUUUAAGAAUAAAAUCCAGUCGGUUCAUUGGAGCCACAAGCAAGCCACUCUCUACAGGUCAUAUGCUUGGAUUUCCACAGAACCCGAAGGAGAGCAUUGUUAUCGUGUCCCACGAUCUGAAUCGCACCAAACUGAGCAUGUGCACCUUCGUGACCCAUAUACGUAGGGCAGCAGUGUUGAGUAGUGGUUAGGGCUCUGGACUCUUGACCGGAGGGUUGUUGGUUCAAUCCCAGGUGGGGGACACUGCUGCUGUACCCUUGAGCAAGGUACUUUACCUAGAUUGCUCCAGUAAAAACCCAACUGUAUAAAUGGGUAAUUGUAUGUAAAAAUAAUGUGAUAUCUUGUAACAAUUGUAAGUCGCCCUGGAUAAGGGCGUCUGCUAAGAAAUAAAUAAUAGUAAUAUCCUUGAAUAUCUGAAGAGCAAAUGCCCUGCAAUCGAAGACAUCAAGAUGUUUUCAGAUGGGGCUAGCUCCCAAUUUAAACAGCGGUUCCUCUUCUCAAACCUGUAUUUGUCAAUGCCAUGUGCCCAUACUCCUGACCACAUUAUCUACUUUCAAAAGGAUGCAAUUAGGAAGAUGGAAGCUCCAAUAGUUGCAGGAAAUAAGGCUCUACGUUAUCCUUAGGUCACCCAAAAUACUCAUCAAGCUACUAUGCUGUUUAUCAUGUUCAUAUCCUGCAUGCAAUACUGUAAGAAUAAAAUAGUGAAUUUGGGGCAUUUUUAAUACAUCUUGUGAGUUUUCAUUUCUAUCUUCACAUUGCUCUAGUUAUACCUCAUUUCAAAAUAUGAAAAUUAAGUAAUUAAGGCCUAUUACUGUAUUACUAGCACUUAUUAAUAGAGAGUAUCUACUGUAGCUGCACC